CUCUCUCUGUCUCUCUAUCUCUGAGGUCAGAGCCAGAUGGAGAGUUAGCGUAGCAAUGACUCCAACCCCACGAAUCCGAUAAAACGCCUUCUCCGUCUAUCUCUCUCUCGGUACUUCCGCGGACACGAAGAAAGAAAUGGAGAUGAGAAGGGUCCUCCUGUCUCGCCCUUCAACUCUCUUUCUCUAACUCUCUGCCCUCGAUUUCUUCGCCUUUGCUUUUUCUUCGGUACCCUAAUCUCCCUCUAUCCAAAUUUAUUAUCUUCGUUGUCCGAUCCCCAAUUCUGAACUGCAAUUUCGGACGAACUUUAGUUUUUGCAAUCUACUCUACGAUCUAGAUUUGCCCGAAGUGCGAGGCAGUGCUCAAUCCUAAAUUUUCUACUGCCAUUGGAGUAAUUUCUCUCAUCCAGGAAAAGGGGAAAACAUCGAGCAAAGUGUCCAGAAUUUCUAUUAAAUACACAGGAAGAUUGGAAAUGGUGAAUGGCAGCAGAGGACGGCGCAGAAUUUCUUCUCGGCAAUCCAGGGUAACUCCAUAUCCACUGCCUUCUUACAACUUGGAUAUUUCAGUGGACUUGUGUCCUAAGAAAUGCUCCAAGGCUUUGGAUAAAAAAGACUGGGAAGAUGUGACAUGUUCUGUGUGUAUGGAGUGCCCUCACAAUGCUGUUCUUCUCCUCUGUUCCUCUCAUGACAAGGGUUGCCGUCCGUACAUGUGUGGAACUAGCUUUCGGUACUCCAACUGCCUUGACCAGUACAAAAAAGCAUAUUGCAAAACAAUCUCAUCGAAUGAUGGACAACAUAUGCAUGGCUCCAUCAAUAAUCCCAUUGUUGUACCAGAUUCCAGUUUGCCCGUCGAGAGGUGUGAGGCCACCGAGCUUGCCUGCCCCCUUUGCAGGGGCCAGGUUAAAGGUUGGACUGUGGUUGAACCUGCACGAGAAUUUCUAAAUGAGAAAAAGAGAAGCUGCAUGCAGGAUAAUUGCUCAUUUGUUGGAAAUUACAAGGAGCUGCGGAAACAUGUUAGGGUGGAGCACCCCUCUGCACGGCCGCGCGAAGUGGAUCCCAUACUUGAACAGAAAUGGAGACGGCUUGAGCGGGAGAGGGAGCGGGAUGAUGUGAUCAGCACAAUAAGGUCAACAAUGCCGGGGGCAAUGGUUUUUGGAGAUUACGUUAUAGAAAGUAAUCGUCAUGGUUUUGAUACAGAUGAAGAGGAUGGGGGCUUUGAUGUAAAUGCUGCAGAGAGGAAUAGGGGUCUUGAGGUUGGCUUUGAUAGUAAUCUGGUGAAUGUAUUUCUUCUGUUGCAUGCGUUUGGACCAUCAUCAGGGAAUGACCUUAGUAGACGGCUGAGGCAUCCUGAGAGAACCUUUCAUCAUGGAUCAGAUCAGAAUGCUGUUAGCGUUCACCAGAAUCACCACCCCUCUCCUGUUGGUGGAUUGGAUUCCUCCGAUCAAGACGAUAACAAUGACAGCAAUGAUGAUGGGGGUGGCGAUGAUGUUGGCGGCGAUGAUGGUGGCGUGUCACUGGUUAGCCGCCUCCGUCGACAUGGCAGAGUAUUAUUGGGACGAUCAGGUAGGAGACGCAGACGUAGAGAAGCCAUUAGGGAUCUGUGAUAGAUCAAAAUGGUACUAGAGAAAGGAGGGAGGAAUAGGAAAAAGUUUCUCAGGUAUAUAGUUUCAGUAGGGAAAAGAAAUUAGAAAAUAACGUAAAGGAUUUGACUCCACACAUUCGCAUGGAUUACUCAUUUGUUUUGUUGCAUGACUUGUGCGGUAGAAUAGCCAGGUUGAUGAUGAGAGGUGGAAAGAUGGUUUUUCUUCCCCUCUUAUGUAUUCUUUUACAUGUAAUUUCCUAAUUACCUUUAAUCCUCCUGUUGUUUUCAAUUAAAAUUAUAUUACUGCA